AACAAAACAAUGAAAGGAGCAAUAUAUUGCGUCACACUAAUUAUAUAUGUGACGUCGAAGAUUUGUAAAAAUUCGAACUGGAACGUGCUUUUCUUGGAAACGAUUUAAAGUUAAAGGAAAAUGAACUAUUUAAGGAGAGUAAAUUAUAAAAAUGAAGCCAUAAAAUGACUUUUUCAAGGUCUUUCAUGCAGCUUUAUUUUUUUUUCUAUAACUGUGCAUUUCGACACUUCUAAAGAAGGGUUAUAAAGCUAAUAACUAAUGUUUGGAGAACAAAAGGUACUCAGAGAUAUGUAUAGUAUUCUUCAAUAUGUUGGUGGGCCUCUUGGGGCACUUGUUAUCGUUGUGGCGGGUGCGGCAGCAGUUACUGUAACUAUUUAUUUAUCGUCUUGUUUGACAACAGUCAGACCAUCUGUUAAAUUAGACAGUCAGUCAGAAGUCGCACCAGUAAGUAAUGAUGAAGGUAUUAGAGAAUCUUUUUUACGCAAGAAUAAAAAACACUUAGAAUAUUUAUAUGAAGAUGCAAAAACAUUAUUCGAGGCCAUGUGUCGUGGUGUGAGAAUCUCGGGUGACGGAAGGUGUUUGGGUUGGAGACCAUCCAAAGAUCACGGAUAUCAUUGGCUAACCUAUAAUGAAGUAAUGAACAGGAUAAAAAAUUUCAGUUCAGGUUUAAUUCACAUUGGUGUGAAGGCUGGAACUUCUACGUAUGUUGGUAUUUAUUCGCAGAACUGUGCUGAGUGGGUGAUAUCAGAGCAAGCUUGCUACUAUCAUUCUAUGGUGGCUGUUCCUUUGUAUGACACUUUGGGUCCAAAUUCUUGUACGUUUAUUAUUAAUCAAGCUGAAAUAACUAUUGUAAUUUGUGAUAAAGAAGAGAAGGCUAAAACACUUCUGGAUGAGAUUUCUGAAAUUCCCACAUUGAAAACAAUCAUUGUUAUGAAGGAUAUUUCUGAUGAAAUAAAACAGUUAGCUGAAAAGCAUGGAAUACAAAUUUUAUUAUUUCAAGAUGUAGAAGAAUCUGGGCGUACUAAUCCAAAGAGUCCAAUGAAACCAUCGCCCAAAGAUUUGGCAGUUGUAUGUUAUACAAGCGGCACAACUGGUACUCCCAAAGGUGUCAUGCUCACUCAUGGGAAUAUAAUUGCAAAUGUUUCAUCUGUAAUGAGUCAACUGGGAAAUAUAGCACCAACUAAAAAUGAUGUCAUGAUUUCAUUUCUACCCUUGGCUCACAUGUUAGAACGUUGCUGUCAGGUUGCUCUUUACAUGACUGGUGGAUCAGUAGGAUUUUAUCAAGGAGACAUUAAGAUAUUAGUGGAGGAUAUGAGAAGUUUGAGGCCUACUUUAUCUCCUUGUGUACCUCGGCUAUUAAACAGAAUAUAUGAUAAGGUUCAGUCAAACGUUAGUGGAAGCAAAUGGAAACAAUGGCUGUUAGAAAAAGCAUUUAAUAGUAAAAAAGCUGAUCUAGACAGGUUUGUAAUUCGUCACAGUACAUUUUGGGACUGGUUCGUUUUCAAGCAGGUUCGAGCGGGCAUGGGCGGCCGAUUACGUCUGAUGGUUGUUGGGUCAGCUUCUCUUUCAGGCAGCGUCUUGACAUUUAUCCGUUGUGCUUUAGGAUGCGUGGUAAUAGAAGGCUAUGGACAAACAGAAUGUGUAGCACCCUGUACUUUAACAAUCCCAGGAGAUCCAGAUGUUGAUCACGUGGGUCCACCUCUGCCUUGCUGUAGUGUGAAGUUAGUAGAUGUCCCCGAAAUGGAAUACUUUGCAAGCGAGAAAAAAGGAGAGAUUUGUGUUAAAGGAACAACAGUCUUUCAAGGUUACUUAAAAGAUCCAGUGAAAACUGCAGCAACUCUCGACAAAGAAGGCUGGCUGCAUACCGGCGACAUUGGAAUGUGGUUACCUAAUGGUACCUUGAAAAUUAUAGAUAGAAAAAAUCAUAUUUUCAAAUUAGCCCAAGGAGAAUUUGUAGCGCCAGAAAAAAUAGAAAAUAUUUAUUCGCGUAGUACUUUUGUUGCACAAAUUUUUAUUCACGGAGAAUCUCUAAAGUCUUGUCUCGUCGGGAUUGUCGUACCUGACAGAGAAGUUUUAGAACAGUGGUGCUUAGACCAUUCCAUCAAUGACACUUGGGAUGAAAUGUGCAAAAACAAGAUUGUUAAGAAGACAAUUUUGGAAGAUCUUGCCAAAUUAGGGAAAGAAGCCGGCCUCAAUUCUUUCGAACAGGCAAAGGAUAUUUAUAUACACCCAGAAUUAUUCACAGUAGAAAACGGUUUGCUCACUCCCACUCUAAAAACAAAACGUCCCGAAUGUCGAAAAUUUUUUAUAUCCGAAAUUGAAGCCAUGUAUAGAGUCUUAGUUUAAAUAUUUUGUGAGGGGAGAAGAAAUAAACAUACGUAUAUACGUAUAUGUUUUUUGAAUAAGAAAAGUUGUGAUAUUUGAAAAACAAAAAUGGAAAAAUAGGUCAGAAAAUUUAGGAAAAGGAGAAACAAGUUGUGUUGUGACGACCGAACUAACGUGCAAUUUCAUUUAGAUAUUAUAUUGUGUCACACUUAAAAAAUAAUAAUAACAACAAAUUACUUUGUCAGAAAUUCUUUCGUCUUUCACAUACUUAAAAGUUGUCUUGUGGAUUUGCAUAAGUUAUUUAAAUAUGCGUUCGAUGACUCUGGUUCUCAAAUGAAAGGAAUUUAUAUGGUAAUUUAAGUACUAAACUGUCACAAGAUUAAAUUAUCAAGGGGAAAAUAAAUUUAUAGAAGCUUCACUGCUUCUAGAAAACAUUCCAGAUUCUUCUAUGAGAAAAAAGUUUAAUUGUUUAAGUAAUUCUCAAAGUAGUAAGUGUCAAAAUGGAUUGUCUUCCACGACAAAAAAAUUUAAAGCACUUAAUUAGCAUAAUCAUUCUGUUUGCUGCUUUAGUGAAAUAAAAAAAUAUUCUGUUUUUUGGGAAAGAUCUUUCAAAAUUAAUUAAAAUCAUAUCAAUUUUCUGAUUAUCUUUAAUAAUAUUAAGCAUCCAUUGCAUUUAUAUACAUAUAUAGAACCUUAUCAUAUCAAAAUUUAAAACUCUAUUCUUUCUGGAAAAAUCAAAUGCCAUUCUAAGGUAUCUAAAAUAUUAAGAUGUGGGGGGAAAGCUGACUCAAAGGGUAAUCAUCGCAUUUUAAUAUCUUUUUCUUCUGUGUUUUAAGAAAUUAUAAUGUAUGUAUAUAAUGUAAGCAAACACAUUUUCUGUUGUUAUAGCACACACAAAAAUAACCAAAGAUGUGUACAUAGUUUUUGAAAAAUGCGUCUUUUUGGUAGAAACUUAUUUAUGAAUUACUAUUUAAUUAAAUUGUUAAGAAUAUUGUUAGUUCCUAGUUAAAAAUUCACCAAAAAAAUAAAAAAAAGACCCCAGAAAGUUGUCGCUCGUGUGUGAUAUGACGUCUCGUCUGUUUUUUAUACUAUUCGCUUAACACUAAACAUUUUUAAAUGAACCGUAUUCAUUGUCGACAAUGUGAUAUUCAAGGUUUCAAGUUUUGUUUUGCACACACCUCAAUCUCCCGUUCUUCGUUUUAUUUUGAGCUGUCGGCAGACAUUCGAACAAAACCUGAUCCAAAUUACGUUUUGCUUGCAGAAAGACUGACCUCCUUUCUGAAACCAAAGCAGAAUUUGCUGUCUGAUGACAUUCCAUUUGUAUUUUGUACUUUAAAUUUAAUUUCUUUAAAAAUUUAGAAUUAAGUGUGAAUUAAUUUAUUUAGAGAUUGUAAGAGUCCUAAACUGGAACCUCAUUUUUCCCAUUGUAAUUUAUAUUUCUGAUGUAUUGCAUUUAGAAAAAAAAUAAUUAUACAUCAACCCAAUCGUAUGUGUUCAAUUAACGAAACAUCUUGGAACAGAAUAAUGUCUGUACAUAAAUUUGUACAUUCUGGUUUGUGUGAGAUUUGUACAUUUAAUGUGUGCAGGUGGGUAUGUAUGUAUACAAAGUUAGUAAAGUAUAUAUCUUUCACCAAU